AUGAGGAGUUGCAACACAGCCGGAAGCCGCAAUUUUUACAAUGAACACAUCCUGUGGGCAGACCUCACGCAAUUUGCUAAAACAUGCUACUGUUGCGAGGUUCUACUACGUGGCAUAACAGGUUACCUAGAAAAACGCGCUAUAGAACUGACUCGUGUGUCUGAGUUAAGCCUCAAGUUCUUGUACGCAAGUUGGGAAGGCGACCUGAAAGACUGCGACAACGACGUCGUAUGCCAGCUAGAUGAUGGUAGUCAACUCACCAUACAAUGGUUUACUCUUGAAGACGAAAAUUGCCCCUGUCCAGAUGCCUGGGAUGAUGUUCCCAUGUCGGCGAGAACGUCCAGGAGUACUGAAUCCGAUGAAGCAUUCGAAAAGGCGAAUGGUUGGCUCCAGGAUUGCAUGAGUAGCAAACACGAAUUUUGCCCCCCGCCCCUUACCACGAAGCUCCCAACCAGAGUCGUAAAUGUCGGGCGCCAUGAUGGCAUUAUUAAACUGAUCGAGACCAACGGCAGGGCAGAUAAAUACGUUUGUCUAAGCCACUGCUGGGGCCUGCAACAAAUUUUCAUGACCACGAAAGCCACCAUCGAGGACCGCCAGCACGAGAUCAAUCCCACCGAUCUCUCAAAGACGUUCAUGGAGGCGAUCGAAGUGACGCGCCGCCUCCAGAUCGAUUACGUCUGGAUCGACUCCCUAUGCAUCAUCCAAGACGACGCCCUAGAUUGGGAACGAGAGUCAGCGCAGAUGGCCUCAAUCUACCGAAACGCAUGUCUCACCAUUGCCGGCACCAAGUCCAGCGGUGGUUCUGGCGGUCUAUUUACUAUCACACCCGACUUUGAAGUAUCUGGGACGACCCCGUCAGGCGAAGAUUACUACCUGAUCUUCCGUGAGAAGACCGACCAUGAACUCGCUGUCCCCGGUCGCCAGAAUGCGGCCCAGUUUCCCCUCAUGACGCGUGCUUGGGUAUACCAGGAACGUCUCCUAUCUCCCCGGGUUCUGCACUUUGGACACUACGAGUUAUUUUAUGAAUGUUUGUCCGACGAGCUGUGCGAGUGCACUGGCAUCGGCUACCUAGGAGUGUCAGACGAAGUGCCCCUGACAUCGCCAAAGGUCAUGUACGCUUCCGCUCUCGACUCCGAGCUCGUUGGCGCUGACGAGAGGUGGGCCGAUUAUGCCGAGUACUAUCUGGCUCGCAUUUGGAGGUCGAUGGUUGUGCAUUAUACAAGCCUCAACUUGACUAAGACGAGCGACCGUCUACCGGCUUUGAGUGGUAUUGCGCGGGACACGGCCAGGGAGAGGAAAUCCCGCUAUCUGGCAGGUUUGUGGGAAGAUUCGCUAAUGGAUGAUUUGCUCUGGGUGACUUACAGCUGCGCUAAACCGCGGCCUGCAGCGUGGCUUGCACCGUCGUGGUCGUGGGUGAGCAUUGAUCAUGGGGUUCAAUACACAGACAGUGUAGUGUAUUGGGAUAUUGAUCUCUGGAGAGAAGAGAAAGAGCAAUGCGCGACGUUCGCAUCCAUCGAGCAUUGCGAGUGCACUUCUGCUGGUUUAGAUGAGUUCGGUCAAGUCGAGUCAGGUUCUCUUUCAAUAAGUGGACCAGUAGUUUUGGGAGUUGUCGAACGAACAUCUGAUGAUCACGGGAAGUUCAAGUAUCAAGUACGAUUCAGCAAGGACGUAGCGCUCCCCUUUUGGCCGGAUUAUGCACUGGAAACAAGCGGUUCGUCCCAGGUGCUUGCCGGGGCGGGGGUGGUCUGCUUGAGGAUGAUUCGCGAAUUGGAUCGCAAAAGGGAUAUUUCUCUUAUUUUGCAGGCGUCGCCAAAUACCCCUGAUGCUUUCGAGCGCAUUGGGAUACUACAUAUUUACGCGGAACGUCACGAAGUUGACCCAGCUCCAGAAAUCUUCAGUAUGGCGAUAACCCAAACUUUGAUGGUUGUCUAG